AUGGUGUCAAAUUGUCAUCUAUGUCAAUCUACGCGUCCGGAUCCAAGAAAAGAGUUUCCAAUUCAUUGCUGGGUGACACCGAGGAAUUUCUUCGAAAGGGUUCAUGCCGAUUUCGCGGGGCCUUUCAUGGGAAAAUAUCUAUUCGUUCUUGUGGACGCAUUCAGCAAAUGGCCAGAAGUCCACAUCAUAUCCAGCAUAACAGCACAUAUCACAAUCCAUAUUUGCGAACAAAUUUUUGCUGCUUUUGGGAUCCCGAAGAUUUUCGUGGGUGAUCAUGGAACCCAAUUCAAUUCAAAGGAAUUCCAGUUGUUCUUGAAACGAAACGGUAUGGUUCAUAAACAGGGGGCACCAUAUCACCCAGCUAUAACCAAUUGGCUUGCGGAGCGAUUCAUCCAAACAAUCAAAAAAAAGAAGCAAACUGCGAAUGAUUCAUCCAACUACAGGAAAAUCCCCAUCGAUGCUGAUGCUAGGGCGUCAAAUACAUUCAAAGUUGGACAUACUUUUGCCAGCCGAAGUCAUAACAAAUCGCGAACUUCCAAAAAAGAAAUUCUCUGUGGGAGAAAGGAUUGCAGCACGAGACUAUAUGGCGAAGAAGAAGUGCGGCAGUUUGAAACUGUAGAAGCAAUUUUGGGUGAUCUACACUACAACAUCAAAUUUUAUGACAAUCAGUACUGGAGGAGACAUGCAGACCAGCUUAGGAAGAUAGGGGAGAAAAUCGGCGAAUCGCCAAAUGAUUAUAUGGUUACUGACGAUGAUACAAAGGAAGUAGAUGACGACCGAUUUUCAUUGUUGGAGGAGACACUAUCGACGCCGGCUAUGAGCCAUCAAUCGCAAGAUAUUGGACCGUCUACUUCCAAUCAAUUACAAAAUGCUAAAUCCGUGAUUACACCACCAAUACACAGCAAUGGGAAGUCAAUGGGUAAUAUACCAAUGCAAAACAACGAUAUCAACCUUCGACGAUCCAGCCGAGUGAAGAAAGUUCCCGAGAGGUGGGGAUAUACGAAUUAA